AUGGCUCUCAAUAUAAUUGAAAGAAUAAUAGCUUCACUUUUACGCAAGUAUACCAAUAUUAAACAUUUAUCGAUUAUCAUGGAUGGAAAUAGGCGAUUUGCAAAACAAAUGGGGUUGCACACAUCCAUAGGGCAUUACUUGGGAUCUAAAAAUUUGAUACAUAUUAUAGAAAUAUGUAUCCAAUUAAAUAUAAAGAUUUUAUCAGUUUUCGCAUUUUCCUUACUAAACUAUAAUAGAAGUCCAGAAGAAAUUCAUAUUCUUUUUUACCUAAAUCUUUUUUUUUUGAUAAAUGAAGAAUAUUUUUUAAAGUUUGUUAAACAAAAUAAAAUACGAAUAAGAAUUAUCGGGAAUUUGUCUUAUAUCAAUGAAGCAUAUAGAGAAAUCAUACAUAAUACUGAAGAAAAAACAAAACACCAUGACAAUCUUAUACUCAAUAUAUUUUUUUCAUACACAAGUCGAAACGAAAUGAACCUAUGUAAAAUAAAUCCCAAUUUAUAUUUUGACUCUUAUAAGGAUUUACUAAAAAAACGAAACAUUAAUUAUGCCUGUGCAAAUUCGAACAAUUCGGAUAAAAAAAAUAUUCAAAUAAAUCCUAAAAUAAAAAAUACACAAAUUUCUCAAGUGCAAUGCAAUUGCGGAAAAGUUUGUUCUUUAGAUGAAAAUCAAAUUAAAAUAUUAAAUUACCAUAAUAAGUUGCUAACUUCCGAUAUACCCCCCCCAGAUAUUUUAAUAAGAACAUCAGGUGAACAAAGAUUGUCCGAUUUUUUGUUAUAUCAGAUAUCGGAAUUUACCGAAAUAUACUUUAUUGAUGAUUACUGGCCAUUAUUUAAUUUUUUGAAAUUUACAUACGUGAUCUUGCAUUACACAAUUUUUCGAACAUCAAAAAAAUUUUUUUCGUAUUCAAAUCCUUGCCAACACUAG